AAUUCGAGCGGACCUUGAGUUGUUGUAGCCACACUUCACUACCGAUCCCCACCUCGUGAUUUUCGGGCCAGCAUUCUUCUAUCUUACACAGUUUGUGAGUUAACGAUCCGAGGUUAGUCGUCGUAACUGUCGUAGCGUUAUAUUCAACGCCUCCGGUUCGUUUCUAUCUGAACACAGCUAACGGUAGCGUUAGCAAAGCAGCUCAAGGGAUGGCGGAGGUUCCCGGGACGUCAAGUGAGACCAUAACGGAGACAGUUCAGACGAGCACACCGCCACCGCCCCAGCAGGAGGGCCGAAGCCUGACGAUCAAGUUAAGGAAGAGGAAGACUGAGAAGAAGGUGGAGUGGUCCAGUGACACCGUCGACAAUGAGCACCUGGGAAGAAGGUCUUCAAAGUGCUGCUGUAUUUAUGAGAAGCCCCGACAAUUUGGAGAGUCCUCCUCUGAAAGCGAGGGAGACGACAACGACGAAGGGUGCGGAAGUGCUCACUGCAUCCUUGGCCACGGCAGGAGAGGCAACGGACAGAGGGGGGAUGGGGGAGCCACAGUGCCCCCAAACUCUGGAGGGCCACAUACCCGCUAACGAGCACUGCAGGCUAAUUGUUGGGUCUGAGGCGUUUUCUCAUAACAACGACGACACCUUACUUUUAGUUUAGUUUCAUCACUGAGGAACAGGCAGGCCUGAUGCUGUGUUACAGUCGUGACUCAGAGUUUCCAGCUGUUAAAGCAGGAUUAUAACCUCUGUGCUGCUGCUGUUCUCCAAUAUAGAGAGCAACAUCCUGGAUUAUUGAAUUUGGCUCAUUUAAAACCCUGCUGUCCUUUCAUCCACUAAAAGACGCUCAGUAUUGUGCCAAAUGAUAUACGUAAUGUGGAAAGAUGAUUCAAUUUAAAACGCAAAGGAGAGAAUUUAAAAGGGACGUUUCAUUGUUUUUCCACAUUUGGCCAUUUUGUAGAACAAAUCACAAUAUGAAACACAUCACAGCUGAGCAUUUUUCAAAGCAUGUUUUCAAAUGAUAGUGUUUGAAAUGCUUUCCCGUUUUCUUGGCAGCCUUUGGUUUCUAUUCUCCCACUGUAUAGUCGUUGAGGUCUGUCAGAUUUGUGCUGGUGUUUAGUUAAUCUGCCAAAUAUUUCCAAAAUGAAUGGAGUCAUUUUUUUUUCUAUUUGAUGUCAGAAAGCAGAGGAAAAUUCAAGUAAAGGUUUGGCAUUCUUGUUAAAUUGAUUUCAAGUAAUCCAUUCUUAAACUAGAUACAUAUUAACUUAACGAAAUUCCAUAAUUCAAUUCAAUAAUUUUAUAUUUUGUAUGAAAAUCAAUUUAGAGACGAUGGCAAAUCAAACCAGCUCUGUCGUUGGCUUGUUUUCUUCAAUUCAUAUCUUAAUUUGUCAGAAAUAACAAGUUUUCAGACCCUAAAAGUAACAUCUGACGUGGUCUGUAAAUAUUAGAGUGGUAGAUUUUCACUUAGUUGAUUAGACUACUCACUAUGUUUUCUGUUGAUCAGUCGUUUUUUUUAAUACAGAAUUCAUUAUUACACACCACCCAGUGGUUUAUUGUUUGCACGUUUCCCCUUUGACAAAUCACAUUUCUGUUCCUUUUAUGACUGUAGACCAGGAUGAACUACAGGACAAUAGGUUUAAACCAAUGGCUGCCUAUCAAAAAUAUAAAACUGUCCCAAAAUGGCUUUGGAAAAUGGCAGUUGGCAGUAAUGUAAAGUGUUGGUGAUUUGUUAUAAAUUCGCUAUAAAAAAAAAAUAUAAAGCACUACUUGUAAUGUCCAUCAGGAAAUGCUGCACUUUGCCCAGCAGUAUACUGGACUCUGGAAUACAGGAUACAGUAUGUUGGGAGUAGAGUAGGUUGAGAAGCAUCAAAUUCUGUCUGGUUGUGGAGUGUGGAGUUGGGUGUACAUAAUAUCAAACAGGAUUUUUUAUUGGUAUUAUUUUUUUUCUUUUUUUUUUUUUUUAGCUGGUUUGGAUAAUUCUGAACUUGCAGAUAUUUAACAUGGAGUCAGCCACAGUCUUUGGAGUAACAUUGCAAUUACAAGCCAGUAUGUGAGUCUCAGAACAGGAACAGGGUGGAGACUGGACAUUAAACAAAGUUCUCACUUUUAGACUUAGCCCUGCAUUUGGUGUUUGUGAUUUUCAGAGCAGCUGUAAAGUUAAAGAAAACAUUUGUGAUGAUUUUUGGCAGAACUUUGACACAAGACUUUGAGUUAUUAUUGCACACGAUUUUUGUACCACCUAUAUAAUGUCCAUUCAUUGUCUAUAAGCUUAUCCUUUGAGGGCUGGCUGUCAUUGGGCAAGAGAUGGGGUUCACUCUGGUCAGGUCUCCAGUCUAUCACAGGGUUAGCACAUAGAGACAGUCAACCACUCACACUCACAUGCACACAGUCAAUUUAGAAUCACCAGUAAACCUAACCUAUGUAGCUGUAUAAAAUACACAGCCUACGGUUUUAACGCAAGUGAUCAACAGUAGAGAAUCCAGCCCUGGGCCUUGUUCUUCAUAUGUAAUUAACUUCCUAAACUUGAUUUGAUUAUUGAUGAUUUAACAUAAGCUUAGAUUUUCAGAAAGUUCAUUUAAACCUUUUGUCUUUCUUACAGUUAGUUUAAUUAUAACUAAAGGCAUUAGAAAUAAACCCCCAAAACAUUUCCCUCAGAUAAAGUUGACUCUUUUUCAGACUCAAACAUUUACUGUAGAUGUAACAUAUAAACACAAGUUAAUCAAGAAAAGAAAACAUAAAUUAAGUUGUUAUGAAUGAAAAAAUAUGCAUAUUUUUGCUCACAAAUAAAUUCAUCUUGCAUAAUAAUUCGGACCUCAAAAUAAGUCAGUGAAUCAAUUCUAUUCUUUGGUAGAGUUUCAGCAGGUGCUGACCAUCAAGAGUGCACAUUAAAAACAACUGUUCUUCAGAUUCAAAUGUAGUAUUAAGCCAUUUAUUUACUGCGCAAUCCUAAAGUUCCCUAGGGGAAUAUAGAAGAUUUUGGCUGAAUUACAAUAAUGAGGUUUACAUAAGGUUUACUUUCAGUGGAAUAAUUCCAUGGUAGUUGGUUGAGCAUGCAACAAAUGUUCAAUAUAUGUAAAGACAACCUUUUCCAUCAUAGAAGAACGAAGAACUAUAUACUAGGAUUUGAAUGGGACCAAAAUGCAAAAAUAUUAAAUGAUUGCAUGAAAAGUAUAUUAGAUUUAAAUUAGGUUUUUACAACUACUUAUUAAAUUUCACAAAUUGGUCUAACUAUUCUAGGGGGCCUUUACCACCUGAUAUUUCUGAGAGGCUUUGGAGGGCUCAGGUUCAAGCUUUGUUAUGAUCAACAUUGACCUUAAAAACCUAGUCAAUCUGAAAUUCCAUACCUACAAAUAUUAUACUAUACAAGCUUUGGUGCAUUUAGGCUACACAAUGCAACGCAGUAGGUAUGGAGACGUGAUGUAUUGCAUCUAUAAAGUAAAUUCUACCAAUUAUUCACCUCAAAAUACUGUAUGGUGAGUGACAGUACGCAUAUAAAGUGUGUGAUGCAUAGUAUGCCAUUUCAAAUACAGCUUCGAUAUCUUCCUAUGACACAUUUAACACAAUGCAUUGCCAUUCUGUAACCAUGCAUGUGGUGACUAAGCAGCACUUAUUAGUUCGCUGUUUGGAGAUAACUUUGUCCAUGAUCCAAAAAUCUCAACAGACAGUAUGUUGGACUGAAUAUGAAGAUGAGCUUUAGCUAGAUGAUGUUAUCUGGUUAACGUCGUAUAGGCCUGGAUUAGUUCAACUACAUAUGAAAAAUAAUGGAGGCCUGGGUAGCGAUCAUUCUCUUGACCAACUUAGUGACCUAAGUAAACCGCUGCCAGUAUGAAUUUCACUUCCUCAUCUGGACUAAUGGUCUAUUUGCUGUAAUAAGUGACCAUGGAUCACUCUGUUGUGAUUGCAAGUUCUCACAGCAUUCAAUAUGAUAUAAACUCAUAAACAGUAUGAGCAUUAGUAUUUUCAGUUAAUUGGCUAGGUAAGUGUAACCACUGGACAAUCAUAUAACUUAAGACCCUUUUUCUUUUGCAGAAUUAUUGUUUUUAGACUUCUUUGCAUGGGAUAUUAGUGAGUGAAGUGACAGUGGAGGACGGACGAGUUGUCAACAUCAGUGCCAUUGUGUAAGAACCAUCAAUUCUAUCAAUGCACUCACAUACUUAACGCCUUGAAUGUUAAUACUCACAGGUCCCCAAUAAAUUCAGCUGCAUGUUGGUGAGAAAACCAAAUCUACUAUUUCACUUUGAAGCCUGAUUAAAGAGUAUGGCUAUUUGUGCUUUUCCUCCUGUCCUCUGCAGAGUGUCUGACAUGUUUUAUUGCUGUGAAGUGAAUCAAUAAAGAUGCAGAGUUCUAAGCUUGGAGGUCUAUUCCUAACCAGGGCAAACAUAUGGUACUGGAUUACAGCUAAUGUGACAUAUAGAGGAGUUCCAGGAUUUGAACUCAUGUUUCAGCUAUGACUAAAACCCUCUGAUCCAGACUUUAUCAUCAUUGUCAUCAGCCGCCUCCUCUACAGUUUAAGUAUAGUAUGUGUCAGCACUGUGGAUUAUCUUCAGUUUAUUCACACACAUUGGCAUUGUUACAUAUGUACAUUAUUCUUGUACUGGUUAUGCGCCUUUCUGUACAUAUUAUUAACAUGAUAGCAGAUUUAAUGUGAAUUAAAGUUUUGAACUGUGACUAAAA